GACAUGUUUUGAAUUUUCUUUUUAGUUUAAUAUGGCUGGUAAAUUUAAAAUGGGUGGCAAUCUAGAUUUUGAUGAAGGAGAAGAAAGUGACGAUCCUUUAGGGGAUGAACCAUGGCUUAUGAAUCGUUUAACAAAUGAUGACGAUGAUGAUGAUAUCCUCUUUCCCAUUCAUGUUAUUCCUUCUGAUGAAGUUAUUUGUGGACCUGGUCGACAGCAUGCUAAAAUGGUGGAUAAGUUUUUGGUUGGCAAAACAUUAGGAGAAGGCUCUUAUGGAAAAGUAAAAGAGGCACUGGAUAUAAAUGGUUUACAUAGACGAGCUAUAAAGAUAUUGAAAAGACGUAAGCUACGUAAAAUUCCUAGGGGUGAAGAGAAUGUAAAACGUGAAAUUUGGAUGUUAAAAAGAAUUAAUCACAGGAAUGUGAUAGAGUUAAUUGAUGUUAUUUAUAAUAGUGUUAAGGAAAAGAUUUAUAUUAUUAUGGACUAUUGUGUUUGUGCAAUGCAUGAAAUGUUAAAGCACGCACCUGGAAAUAUUUUUCCAGAGUGGCAAGCACAUUUUUACUUUUCGCAACUGAUAGAUGGCCUGGAAUACCUCCAUGGUGUUGGUAUUGUACACAAGGAUAUUAAGCCAUCAAACUUAUUGAUUACGACAGACCAAAUGUUAAAAAUAUCUGAUUUUGGUGUUGCAGAACAGUUAGAUCCUUUUGCAGAAGAUGAUUCUUGUGUAACCAGUCAAGGGUCUCCAGCUUUUCAACCACCAGAAAUUGCUAAUGGAGUUGAAGUUUUUCAUGGUUUUAAGCUAGAUAUCUGGGCCGCCGGAGUCACUUUAUUCAAUAUUGUUACCAGCAAAUAUCCAUAUGAAGGAGAUACUAUUUAUAAAUUAUUUGAAAACAUUGGUAAAGGACAAUUAAUACUGCCUUCAGAGUUAGACAACGCCAUCAGUAGUAUUCUUGCUGGAAUGCUUCAUUCUGACUUUAACAAAAGAUUUACAAUUAGUGAAAUUAGAGGGCAUAUUUGGUUUGUGAAAAAAUAUUGCAAAUAUGAGCCAGCUGUUGGUUUUCCACUUUUAGAUUCCUCAGACUCUGAUGUGGAAAGAAAUAUGACUACCAUACCAUAUUUAGAAAUGCUAAAUAAUGAUAACGUUGUUGUUGUCCUUGAUGAUUCGAACAUGUCAAGAUGUUGCAGUACAGAUCAGUUUGCUCCAAAUUUUACAGAACCUAAUAAUCAUCUUCUUAUAAAGCAAUCUUCUGAUUUUGAUUUAGGGGGUAAAGAUAUUGAAAAAAAGAAAAAGAAUCGCAAGUACACACCAAACAGUUGUAAGAAUAUGUAGUGUUGAACACUCCCUUCUUUUAAUAGGAUCUGUGUGUGAGUAGUUUUAUGAAAUGAAAA